AUGAGUGACAGUGACGACUCGGUGAAGACCACCCGUACCGCAAGCGAAGACAAUGUAACACGUCGUCGUGGCAAGAAAAUGCGACCUUCACCGGACGCGGUCAAACAAAGGUCAUACGAACCGUUGACAUCGUGCAAGCGAAAAAUAAAGGUACCUCCAUUUUCUGCCGAUGAUCCCGAAAUAUGGUUUGCGCUUUUGGAGAGCCAGUUUAAUAGUUAUGAGAUUACGGACGACUACGCCAUGUUCGACGAAGUUCUUCGUAACCUAGACAUCCAGCACGCCAAAGCAGUGAAAGAUAUUGUGGUAAACCCUCCGGCUACAAAACGGUACCCUAAGUUAAAGGCGCAGCUGAUCCGGCGACUCUGUGCUUCUCGAGAGAAAAAGGUGAAGCAACUCCUGACACAUGAAGAACUUGGGGAUCGAAGACCUUCACAAUUCCUGAGGCACCUUCAAGAUCUUGCCGGGCCUUCCGUUCCCGACGACUUCAUUAAGUCCGUUUGGUGCACCCGACUUCCACAGAGCAUCCAGACUAUCGUCGCGUCGCAAUCUCAUCAGACCCUAGAGCAACUGUCGGAGCUCGCUGACCGGAUUCAGGAAGUCACCUCACCGUGCGUUGCAGCUGCCAGCCCGAACAUUGGACCAAGCCCAAGUACAUCCAGUGAGAUUGCGGAGCUUAGGAAGAUGGUUGAACAUCUGGCCUUGAAACUGGACGGGCACACACGCUAUCCUCGUUCGCGACAACAGCGUGAACGUUCCCGUUCCCGUUCCCGUGAGAGACAGCGCUCCAGAUCCCACUCCAGUUACAGGAGGCACCCAGUCUGUUGGUACCAUUUUAAAUUUGGUGCAAGGGCGCGACACUGCGAAGAACCGUGCGACUACGAGAAGACGGGAAACGCCGCGGGCAUUCGCUAA